AAAAGCAAAAUUAAGCCAAAAUAAGGAAUGCCUUGCAAUAACAACUAUUCCCUAAGAUGCAAAAGAAAAUCGAGUAGCCCAAGGCAUAACCGAAAAGAGCCAUAAGGAUAGAAGAUGAGAAUAAACUAUCAAUCACAUCAAUAACAUUGCCGCAUAUUGAGACUAUUGCUAUUAAUUUUAAUUCCAAGUAUCAACUGGGCAACAUGAUCGGAGAAGGCGCUCAUGGAUUAGUGAAGAAAGCCAUCAAAGUGGAAACUGGCGAAUAAGUAGCAGUCAAAAUUUCAAGAAGUGGAGACCCUGAGCUAGUCAAAACAUUUACUGAAGCAUAUAAAAAUACGAGAAUACUAGAUCAUUAAUACAUAAUAAAAGUUUAUGAAUGCUACAUAGAUGAACAAUCGGAAACUUUAUAUUUGGUAAUGGAAUACUCAAAUCUUCGCAGCUUGGAAGAUGUAAUUAAAAAACACAAGAAAUUAACGGAAGAAUAAGCCAAGCUCUUAAUCAGACACAUCCUAUUGGCUCUCCAACAUAUUCAUGAAAGAGGAGUAGCCCAUAGAGACUUGAAGCCAGAUAAUGUAUUGAUCAACAAAAAGUCUCUCGAUAUCAAAAUCAUAGACUUUGGAGUCAGUCGGAGAUUCAAAAAGUACAAUGGCAGAGAAUUCGUGGAUGUAAACAUGUGGACUAGAACUGGAAAUGUUUAUUAUGCUGCCCCAGAGAUCUUGACCGGAGGAGGCUAUGACGAAAGAGUAGACCUCUGGUCCCUGGGGGUCUGCUUGUUUCGUGUCUUGAGUGGCCAGUUCCCCUUCUUUGAAGACAGUGUCUUAGGAACCAUUGAGAAAAUAUUAAAAGGCACUUUCGAACUCAACGAAAACAUUUCCUUGCUCGCCAGAGAUUUGAUCAGAAGACUUCUGGAUCCUAAUCCAGCCCAAAGAUUAUCUGCGUAAUUGGCUCUGCAGCAUCCUUGGCUCUAUCAUUCUGAGAUCGAUCCCAUCUCACCCAAUAGCACUGAACUUGUCAACAAAGUCCCUUACAGAGCUAGUGACGAUAUUUGUGAUAUCUCAUAAAGUGGAGACAAGAAUACCUAUUACAGCAGGAACCUUCAUAUGAGAAGCAACACGAUGACCAAGAGUCCAGUCAUGCAAUCAGAAACCAACACCAAUUCCAAAUCUCCUCUUAAUUUAUUAAAACAAGAUCUCGAUGAAGAAAUUCAAUAGUCUCCCCUUAUCAAAUUGAAAAAAAUUCAAAAUCAAAUGAACAAAGAAAUCAACAUCAUAAAGAAGAAUGAAUCUAGUGGCUAAGGAUUACUGAGAAUUAGAUAAAGACUGCAAAUGGAAAAAUUAGACAUCAUACAUGAAAUUUAAUGA